AUGACUCAUCAUAGACCUCCAGUACCUAAAUUCAAGGACGAAUGCCUAACUCCAAAGAUGGAAAUGACUUUAUUAGAAGAAGUUCAGCAUUUAAUUUUUAAAAUGAACUUGGAUUUUGAGAUUGAAAAGAAAGCAAUCAAAAUAAUUUAAACAACUCCACUUUAAAACACUGUCACUUCAGCAAAGGCAGUCAUAUUUUAUUGUCUCAAGGAAUAGAAUAGAAAAUUGCCUCCAGUGGAGAAAAAAGUCGAAUACGUCAUUAAAUACAUUGAAUAAGCAUAAAACUUGAAUUUUUCCCAUGUCUGUUAAAAAAUGGGUUUUGGUGAUCAAGUUUCAAGAGUAUGCGAAACUUUAAAAAACCAACUAGUGUACUUGAUUGGCAAGCUGUCGAUAAACCUUUAAAUUGCAAUUACUAUAAAAAUUGCUGCUGACAUUAUAUUCUAUAAGCAAGGAGGCUUAAAUACAAAAUUUUUGGCAUUCCACACCAAAGUUAAUGAAGAAUAGUUAAAAUGCUCCCUCAAUAGAAUUAAACCAUUUUCAGAAAAAAUAAUGACUGAUCUCUUCAAUCAUUAUAAUGACAACCCUCUUUGA